GGUGUGUGCGUGAGAGAGUUGAGGGAGGGUGAAAGGGAAUGAGAGAGAGUGAGCAAGGGAGAGAAAAAGAGGGAGGUAGAUCAGGGAUCUGUGUGAAGUCAGGUCAGUCAGUCUCAGUCUCAGUGCUGCUCAGACUCUCUGGAUUAGUAAUCCUGCCCUUUGGAUUGGAUUGUUCUGGGAGUGUUUGAGAAAGAGCCUGUAUUUGAAGAAUAGGCCUGGGGCAGGGUGUCUUGGACUGGGAGCGUGUACUAACUAGUAUUUGGACUACCGAGUCGUGUCCUAUGGAGGUUCAGGUCCAGAGUCGGCCACUGCCACCCACCAUCCUGGAGAAUGGGGCGGCCCCUGGCCCUGUACCCCACUCUGUUAACGGUCAUCGUCAUGCCAACAGUGGGGAGGCAGAGCUGCCUGUCUCCAAGUCUCAGAGGAGACGAAGCGAUGUCAAAGUCUACAAGGAGUUCUGUGACUUCUACGCACGCUUCAACAUGGCCAAUGCCCUGGCCAAUGCGAUGUGUGAGCGCUGUAAGAGUGGCUUUGCCCCGGCGGAGAAGAUCGUCAAUAGCAACGGGGAGCUGUACCAUGAGGGAUGCUUCGUCUGUGCUCAGUGCUUCCAACAGUUCCCCGAAGGUCUCUUCUAUGAGUUUGAGGGCAGGAAGUACUGUGAGCACGACUUCCAGAUGUUGUUUGCUCCCUGCUGCCACCAAUGUGGGGAGUUUAUCAUUGGUCGUGUGAUCAAGGCGAUGAACAACAGUUGGCACCCUGACUGUUUCUGCUGUGACCUCUGCCAGGCCGUGCUGGCUGACGUGGGCUUCGUCAAGAACGCCGGCAGACACCUGUGUCGCCCGUGUCAUAACCGUGAGAAGGCCCGUGGUCUGGGGAAGUACAUCUGUCAGAAGUGCCACGCCAUCAUUGAGGAGCAGCCGCUGCUGUUCAAGAACGACCCCUACCACCCCGACCACUUCAACUGCAACAACUGCGGUAAGGAGCUGACUGCUGAUGCCAGGGAGCUGAAGGGAGAGCUGUACUGCCUGCCCUGCCAUGACAAGAUGGGUGUUCCCAUCUGUGGUGCUUGCAGGAGACCCAUCGAGGGCCGCGUGGUCAAUGCCAUGGGCAAGCAGUGGCACGUCGAGCACCAUGUGUGUGCUCUGUGUGAACGUCCAUUUCACGGCCACCCGUAUUAUGAGCGUGGGGACCACGCCUACUGUGAAAAACACUUUAACAUGCAUUUUGUGUGUGCUAAGUGUGAGAAACCCUUCCUGGGCCAUCGCCACUACGAACGCAAAGGACUGGCCUACUGUGAGACUCACUACAACCAGCUCUUUGGAGAUGUCUGCUACCACUGCAACCGUGUCAUUGAGGGUGAUGUGGUGUCAGCCCUGAACAAGGCAUGGUGUGUCAACUGCUUCGCCUGCUCCACCUGCAACACCAAGCUCACCCUAAAGAACAAGUUUGUGGAGUUUGACAUGAAGCCGGUGUGUAAGAAGUGUUACGAGAAGUUUCCUCUGGAACUUAAGAAGAGGCUGAAGAAGCUGGCGGAGACGGUGGGCCGGAAGUAGACACAGACUGACCGAGAGAGACUGACCGAGAGAGACUGACCGAGAGAGACUGACCGAGAGAGACUGACCGAGAGAGACUGACCGAGAGAGACUGACCGAGAGAGGCUGACCGACAGACCCAGACAGACUGACAGACAGACCCAGACAGACUGACAGACAGACCCAGACAGACAGACCCAGACAAACUGACAGACAGACCCAGACAGACUGACAGACAGACCCAGACAGACUGACAGACCCAGACAGACUGACAGACAGACCCAGACAGACUGACAGACAGACCCAGACAGACUGACAGACAGACCCAGACAGACUGACAGACAGACCCAGACAGACCGGAAGCCUAUAGUCACUAGAUGGCCAUGCUAGAAUGGACAAAAGUGAUAUCAUCAGAAUGUUUGAGCAACCACAUGAGCUAUUUGUUCUUGGUGUAAGGUUAGGGAUUAGGGUUAUGUUGUUGAUAAAUUACAUUUGCAGUUUCCUUCAAUCUUUUCAUGCUUGGCCAAAUAGUGACAACCCAUGAGCAGAGAGACCGACAGUACACAAAGAAGAGUCCUCGCCAAAUCAGUGCCUUUGUCUAAAGACAUAUUCAUAUUAUAUUCAUAUUUAUCCUUGAUGCUAAUAUCAUAUAUUUAAUUGUUAUUUUAGCUUAAAAUGUCACUUCAAAACCCAACUUGUUUAUUUAAGUAUGCAUCAGUGUCCUGGUAUUUCAUCAUAAGAAUGAAGAGUAUUGAUAAGGUUGUUACUGCCAGUGUGCUGGUCUGUUUCUGCCUUAGCCAACUACUUUAUCAUUGUCAUGCCAAACAGACAGACACCUGGGCUAUGUUACUGAUGCUACUCUCAAUCACAUUACUGUGCAGCAGAACUGGGUUGAGAGUACCAGAGUAGAGAGUACCAGUCAAAAGUUUGGACACACCUACUCAUUCCAUGGUUUUUCUUUAUUUUUACUAUUUUCUACAUUGUAGAAUAAUAGUAAAGACAUCAACUCUGAAAUAACACAUGGAAUCAUGUAGUAACCCAAAAAAGUGUUAAACAAAUGAAAAUAUAUUUUAUAUUUGAGAUUCUUCAAAGUAGCCACCCUUUGCCCUGAUGGCAGCUUUGCACACUCUUGGCAUUCUCUCAACCAGCUUCAUGAGGAAUGCUUUUCCAACUAUCUUAAAGGAGUUGCAUGGUAAAUUGGAACGAUUGGAAUUGUGCCAAAAGUGCAAAUUCUUGGCACCCUGCAUACCGGUAAGCUAAAUCAAGAACAUGUCAAGUAUUUUAAAGUAUCUAAUGUAUGUACAGUGCUAUUUGAGCCAGAUCUGCUAGGCAGCUUCUUGAGCGAGAGAGUAGCCUCCAUCCCAGCAGUUGAGGUCAUAUAGAGAAGUCAGAUUCGUACCAGAGGUUUGUGUACAUUUUUCAGGAUGUAUUGAAAUAUUAUCCAAAGAUAGUACUGAAUAAGGUGACACGUGUAUGCAUAUCUCAUAUAGAGCUUUUUGUGUGUCCACAACAUUGUGUGUGGUGUUUAUAUUGUUCUAUUCAUAUUAUUUCACAAUUGUUACAUUUCCUUUGUGCUUUUAUCACACAGACAGUAAAAAUGUAAGACGUUAUGUCACUGAAGGGUGUUUUGUAAACUUGGAUAACAGAUGUUUGUAUGUUUUUGACAGUAUUUUCAGAAUAAACAUAACCCACUUUUAUCAACAGUAAUGGAAUCAAAUAAUAUCUGGAAAAUACUUUUCUCCAUUCUUUACAUGUCAUGCAUUACAUUGUCUUUUAAAAGGGGGGAUAAACAUAACAGAUACAAACAAUUCCAUUGAUUUAGGAUCUGCUUGUAACUGCAAUGUUAAUUUUUCCUUUUACUUUAGAUGAAAGCGCAUGUAUGAGUACUGUAAGAUGUGUGAAUGUGUGUUUUUCCUAGGUGUAAGCUCAGCUAUCCUCUUAUGGCAGUGUGACUUCUAUCUAGAUGCUCCAUAGGAAGUAGAGAUCUGCCGGUUAGAGAGAAGCAUUCUAUCCCUGUAGAAAACAUGAAUUUAGAGUUUUAGUUUUCCGCGGUGUUAAACUUUACUUGGAAGAAAUGUGUUUGGCAUAGAGUGAUACAAUUCCACAUUCCACUGCUAAAUGGGAAUUUUAAAACCCUGUUUUUCCUCUGUCGUACUACAAUAUAAUAUGCUAUGCUACAUUCAAAGCCUUGAUUAGUGUUCGCCUUAUGCUUGUUACUUUAAUUUUGGUUUGUUUCUAAUGUCAUCAUAUUCAACUUAUUGACUUCUGAAUAAUAAAAAAAUCCUGCUACAUG